GUCGCUGUAGAGUGAGUAAUUGAAGCGGCGGGGCCAAGAGUAGACUUCGACAAAUAUGGAAGAGCAUGGUGGAAGUGGAAAAUUCUCUUCACCUGAACAAGGAGAAAAUUGAAAUGUUUAUUCGACCGAAACAAGUGACUGCUUGAUGUGGCACAGGUGUCCUCAAAAGGAAAACAAAAUUAUAACCAACCGACUCAUCGACCGGAAACGGACAUAAUACGAUCGAAAUCCGAGGACAUGCAGCGCAGCUCCUCGUCUUCGUCGUCGGCUAAGCGCCUGUCAGCGGCGGAACGAAAGGGCGCGGCUGAAAGGUGGAUUGGACUGCUAAAAAAUGGAACGCAACUCGAUGCGUGGGGCCAAGUCCUAGAAGCGGGAGAGGAGUACACGGAGCUCGCCAGCGAUAUUGGAUCCAUGUAUAGUCGCCUCGAUAGUCGCGAAAAAGACAUUCUCCACAGGAUAGUCCUAUGUCUGUCGGCACGAGUACAAGCGAUUCAGUCACCUGCAAUCGGGACCGCGCAAACCCAGGUGACUAGCCAAGAUCUCGUGCAGUUGGAGACGACGAUAGUUAAUACAAAAAUGUUUCCCAUCAUUUGCUUAACAGUAAUUUCUGCCGGUGCUUCAGGCGUAGGGCUGAGGCGGGAGCCCAUCUAAAUCUAAAAAACAAGCAUUUGCCAUUCCAUUUUUCACCAAAAUUCAAGGCCCGUCAAACGCCAGCUUUAAUAUUGAAACGCUGAUGACGACAGCGCCCCUUCCAGCCUACGCGACCGCAGCUUCAGCGUGCGGCGCGCCGCCGGAUACCUUUGGCAACAGCCCGUUGAAUCGAGGGAGCUUCUCGGCGUCAUCGUCGCUCAAUCCAGCCAACUGGUUCGGAGGUGGUAAACUGUCUAGUACUUGUUUUGUAGGUGCUAGUGUUAGAAAGUAAAAGUCUAGAGCUAGAUACAUAUGCUGCAUUACCUUGAGAAUCUUUCUGGCUGCUAUCUUUCUAACGGUUAACAUCAUUCUGACUUAUUCUUGUAAUACUCAGGUGGCACCGGCAGUCUGGUCUCCGGCGCUUGGUCUUCAGCCUCUUCACGCGCACCGAAUCCCCCUCAAGGCCCGGUCCUCGUAGAUGCGGAGCCCGCCAUUAUGUUUCCGAUACCAAAUUUCAAGUGGCAGCACGCAAACCCCAUAGUCCCGCAGCCAGCAGAGAUAUGCGAGGGUGCAGACGCACAGACUGAAAUACAAACAACACAUGCGGCACUAACAAGUGUGAAAGGCACAGUUGUCGUGCUGAAAGUCGACAAGAUCGGCCUCAAGGACGCAGAGACCUACAUCGAUCCCUUCUUGACGGUGUCAAAAAAUUGUUCUUUCAUUUUUGUUCGUGCGAAUCGUCACCAUGAUUUUUGGCAGUGCAACUACAGCGAUAGUUGAUAAUAGAAGUUGUCACUGCAAUCACAAAUGUGUUGAGUGCACUUAUUUCACUCUUGCAGGUGCUUGUCGCGGAUGCACGUGGCGCAGUAGUGGACUCGCAUGAUACGCCACUGAAUAUCGCGGAGAAGAGAGCGACACACGUUCAUUUCGGAAAUCACGCGGUUUUUCUUCGCAUGAGUUUCGAGGACAUGCAGAGGAACGGCUGCUCUAUCUUCUUCGAAUUCAAGCACUACAAACCAAAGAAAAAGAAAAUAUCGACAAGGUAAUUAUUGCCUUUGUACUUGAUCAUGUCGCUCGAGUUUCUUUUCGCUGUUUGGGUGUUGUACUCCGUUGGCAUAUUCUUUUCAAGGAACGGUCUCAUAAACGAGAAAGGUUGUGCUUGGUCGACAUUUCAUCUCCUCAACAGUAGAGUAAAGGAUAUUCAAUCAACGCGUUGACAGGUGUUGGUGCUUUAUGGAACUGGGGGAACUACGCAAAGACGAGGAGAGCGUUUUGGAGCUUUAUCAUAAGCCGACAGACCUAAAGAAAAAGAAAAUCAACCUGCAUUCAGUAAAGCCGCUUUAUUUUCACGUGCGCCCAAGUUUCAUGAAUUAGUCCAUAUUCUGGUCACUUUAGCUUUAUAACAACUAUCUUGCUGACUUGAUCGUCACUUGUUCUCCAUUCCAAUUUUUUACAAAUCGCUAGUUUGCUGGAGGAGCUGGUCUGCCAUCGCGCUCAGGCAGCACGAGGUAUCAUGUUGAAAGAUACUUCAAAUUCUUAUUUAGCACGAGCAAUUUCUUGUUGCGCGGACAUGAAGGCUCGUUUCGUGUAAAGUAAGAAAGACGCACUUGGUUUUGUGCCCGUUUGUUCAAGGUACGGUGGGAAUAGAAAUCAAUUUGGCG